ACCGAACACCCACAUAGUGACGAGUGAUGGCUUCGCUCACGCCGAUGCUUGGAACUCGACAGGACUACGUCAGGCUUUCAGAUGGCAAGCUUUCAGAAAGCGCGCCCGGCCGUGACAUUCGCAAGCUGUUGCCAAUCCUGGCCCCUCGGUCGCGAUUGGCUACCUGCCUACCACUGGAGAGAGAACUUCUUCAAGGACUUGGCCGCAGGCCUCACCCUGGGCUCCGUGCUCUUCGCGCAGUCCUUGGCGCAUGCGGCGCUUUGUAAGGUGUCCCUCAUCACGGGCCCCUACAGCUGUUUGGCGCCACCGCUGCUCUAUGCGGUGUUUGGCACCUGCGUGCAGGCCUCCGUGGGCACUGGGGGCUUGGUAUCCCUGCUCACGGGCGAGCAGCUCGCGGGCUUCGGGGACGAGGAGCAGCGGACCCACGCAGGCGCGAUCUUCACCUUGCUGGUGGGGCUGAUGAUAGGUGCCAUGGGCGUGUUUCAGCUGGCCUUCUUGGUGCGGUUUCUCUCCAAGCCAGCGCUGAGCGGCUUCAUCACAGCCAGCGCCUUGUUGAUCAUGCUCUCGCAGGUGAAGCCUGCGCUCGGCAUCCCGAAGUCUGACGUUGGCGGCAUCAUGACGAUUCUUCUGACACAUCCCAAAGAAAUGGAUGACCUGAAUCCCGCCACGGUGGUGUUUAGCUGCGGCUGCUUCGCGUUCCUGCAGCUCAUGAAGAGCCUGAAAUCCCUCAGCCGAGCGCUGAAGAUUCUGUCGGAGUUCAAAGAGGUCUUGUUGCUGAUCAUCUCUGCCCUCCUGGCCAGCAGGAUCGCGGAGCCCUGCGGCAUCGCCAUCAUCGGCUCCGUGCCCAGCGGCUUCCCGGAUCUUCGCUGGCCCCUGCAGACCAGCGACGAUUUCCAGCUUGCCAGGGAGCUUGCGCCAGGAGCUGCGAUGGUAGCUCUGGUGACCUUCUUGUCCUCUUUCGCGGCGGCCAAGAAGUUUGCUUUAAAGGCGGGCUACCAAGUCGUGGCCAUCAACGAGCUUUUGGGCUUGGGCGCUGCGAACCUCGCCGGGGCGCUGUGCGGCGGUGUGCCCACGCAGAUCGGGCUCAGCCGGAUGGGCAUCGCUAGCUCCAUCGGCGUCGCUAGUCAGCUAGGAGCCAACGUCAUGGUGGCCGCGGUGGUGGCUUUCAUCCUUCUGCUGCUGAGCCCCUACAUCUACUUCGUUCCCAGGUGCGCCCUGAACAUCAUCAUCAUUUUGGGCGCCUCUUCCCUGACAGAGUUCAACCACGCGUAUUGGCUGUGGUCCUUGCGGUCCACCAAGACGCGGCAGCGCACGUACAUCAUGGACUUCCUCGUCUGGUGGGUGGCCUUUUUGUUCACCCUCAUACUGGGCGCGCUCAAAGGUAUUUUGGGUGCCGUGGUGGUGUCGCUGGUGCUCAUCGUGUACCAGGUGGCGGAUCCUCCCAUCACCCGGCUGGGCUUUUGCGAAUGCCGCGGCCGGUGGCUCAGCGUUAAGGAGCGCGAGGACACUGCGCAGCGCCCGGGGAUCUUGGCAGUACGCCCGGAGGGCCCGCUCUUCUAUGCCAACAUGGAGCGCCUGGAGGAGUGGCUCAAUGAGAUGGAGAUCUCGGCCAACGCCGCCGGGACGCCGGUCAAGGCCAUCGUCUUGUCGGCGGCGGCGGUGGGGUUUGUAGAUACCUCGGCCCUGGAAGCGCUGGUGGUGCUGAUGGACGCCUACCAGAAGCGGCACAUCGCCUUGCUGGUGGCCCAUGCCUCCGGCCAGCCGCGCCAGAUCCUGAAUCACACCCUAGGUGAUGUCCUUCCCGCGGGAUCUCUGACCACUCCUUGGACCGUUGAGGAGUGCGUGCAGUACCUCUUGGCCCAGCAGAAAGCUGAGUUCGAACAGGCCGCGCUGCUUGAGACGCACGUGAAGUUGCAAGCUGGUGAUCCCUCGGCGCCUUUGUCGCCCCUGGUGAUGCGCGGCAGUCAGACGCAGGUGCGCGUCCCAUCCAUGCAGUCCUUCCCUGUGGACAGCGACCGGGAAUCAGAAGGAAUGCCUUCGCCACGUUCCGACUCCGGCUGGCACAUCCGGCCUCUCCAGAGCUCUGUGCAGUUUGCCUCAGGCGCGGAUUUGGCCUCGCAGAAGUGAGCACGUGCCAACUAGCCCACUGCCUGGGUUGAAGGGGCGGAUCGCCGAGGACUCCGACCGGGGGAUGACAA